AUGAUCAAGACAUCCCCCGCCAAAAUCAUCGAGCAGCGCUCGCACAUCGUGCCCGGCAAACUCAAGAUAACCGAAUACUUCUUCGAAGUCCCCACGCACUGGCACAAACCCGACUCCCGCCCACUCCGCCUCUUCGCGCGCUCCGCCCGCAAGCACGAGAAGCCCGCGGACCCAACCACCACCACCUCGGACGACGCCGACGCCGACGCCGAAGCAAAGAAGCAGCAGCAACUCCCCUGGCUGCUCUUCCUCCAGGGCGGCCCGGGCUUCGGCUGCCGCCCGCCGCAAGACGCCGGCUGGACCCAGCAAGCCCUCGACCGCGGCUACCAGGUGCUGAUGCUGGACCAGCGCGGCACCGGGCUCAGCUCGCCCGUGAGCGCCAGCACCCUCGGCCUGCGCGGCGACGACGACACCCAAGCCACCUACCUGAAGUCGUUCCGCGCCGACUCCAUCGUCAGGGACGCCGAGGCCGUGCGCUUGGCCCUGACCGACGGCUGGCCCGAGGAGAAGCGCAAGUGGAGCGUCGCGGGCCAGAGUUUCGGCGGCUUCUGCAUAACGACGUAUUUGAGUUUCUAUCCCGACGGGCUGCGCGAGGCGUUUUAUUUUGGGGGACUGCCGCCGCUCGUACGGGACCCGGAUGCCGUGUAUCAGCGCACGUUUGCGAAGCUGAAGGAAAGGAACGAGGCGUAUUAUCGGAAGUAUCCGGAAGACGUGAAGAGGGUGAGGGAUGUCGUGAAGCUGCUGAAGCGGUUUGGCGACAGUACCGUGAGGCUCUCCGGGGAGGGGAGUCUGUCAGCCCGGAGGUUCAUGCAGCUCGGCAUCAACUUCGGGUUCCACGGUGGCAUCGACAUGAUACACGACCUCGUCCUCCGCUGUUCCAACGACCUCGCCGUCUUCGGCCACCUCACCCGCCCCACCACCUCCCUCAUCGAGCAGACCAUGCCCUUCGACGAUCACAUCAUCUACGCCAUCCUCCACGAAUCCAUCUACUGCCAAGGCAAACCAUCCGCCUGGUCCGCCCACCGCAUCCACCAAUCCCUCCCCGCCUUCUCCCUCGACCACCCGGACCCCACCUCCCCGCUCCUCUUCACCGGCGAGAUGGUCUUCCCGUGGAUGCUCACCGACUACACCGAGCUGCGCGCCCUCGCCGCCGUCGCCGAGAAGCUGGCCGCCGAAGGCGACUGGCCCGCCCUGUACGACGAGGCGCAGUUGGCGCGCAACGAGGUGCCGUGCUACGCCGCCGUGUACGUCGAGGACAUGUACGUCGAUUUUGGGUUUAGCGUCGAGACGGCGGGGAGGAUUAAGGGGUGUAAGACGUUCGUGACGAAUGUCAUGUAUCAUGAUGCGGUGAGGAGUCGGAUGGAUGAGGUGUGGAGGAAUGUGUGGGCGUUGAGGGAUGAUGUUAUUGAUUGA